AUGAUUACAUUAUCGUGUGGAUUGACAUAUUUCAAAAGCUCUUCCAUGCCUGCUUACACUUCUUUUACUUCUUCAUCAUCUGCUUUUGACUAUUUAUUACAAAUAGAUGAUUGGGAAAACUUUAAUAGGCCUGGUGAUUGGAAAUUGAAAAAGUCAAAAUAUUCAAGCCUAUCAAAUUUUAUAAGCCAGCGGUUUAUGUUAGAUUUAAUUCUGAAUCUAAAAAAGAAUUUAACAUGUCAAUAUGUUAAUAGGAUUGAAUUUCUCAUCAUACGAUAUAGAUUUCAUCAGAAAUAUACACACAACCAAGUUGUAAUGUACGGUAGUUUAAUAGAUGCACUUUCCGAACCAGUCAUUACUCCUGAGGACCGUUUGAGAAAUUUAGAAGCACAUGAACUAUUUUCUAUGUUUUUGAUGGAGCGUAAUAAAAUUGCAAUUACAAAGGCAAAAAAAAUAGGUGCCAAUCAAGCUUAUUAUAAGUAUUCGAGGAAUCCUAGACUCUGUAAAAUUGAAAAAGAAACACUAUAAUAUAUUUCGUAACAGGUGAUAAUUUAUAAUA